UUCGUUAUAAAGAUUUUUCAGGCCUGACGGCAUCACGGAAAGAAGAUUUGAAGUGUAAUUUGUAUCUGAGAUCCAGGAUUAUUCAUUAAAUGGAUUUUUCCAAUUAACGUUCCCAUUAUAGUGAUUCAGUGUGAAUUUUAAUCAGAACGUUUUAUUUUGCUGGCAUUCCAAUCCCACCCGAAAUGGUGCUCAUUAUGAAAAGUGUGUUUUUUGCCCUGCUAGGAUUCACCAACCUCCAUUUAGGACUGGCAUUUCCUGAUGGAGCGCCAGCCGAUACUUGUGUAAAAAAACGUGCCAAUCAACCUAAUCAUGGAGCGGCAAGGUCACAGCCUCCCGAAACGUUCCCUUAUCAAGUGGUUGCCAGUUCGGAUUCCUAUCGGCCGGGUCAGCAAAUUCACGUUCAAAUCAGUGCCACCAGUACCAAGGAUCCAUUCCGCGGAUUCUUCCUCCAAGCUCGCGAUGUAGAAACAAACGAAUGGAUAGGCGAAUGGGACGAGAGCCCUAAUACCAAGACCAUCCCCGAGUGUUCAUCCAUUACACACGCCGACCCCAAGGAUAAGAUAGGAGCUACUUUUGUAUGGAAAGCACCCCAGGACAAGGCGGGCCAUGUUUACUUUACUGGAGCUGUUGUUAAAGACUACGGAACAUUUUGGGCCAACGUGCAAGCCUUGGUAGCUGCCCCGAGUUAUGAACCCCAACAGCAGCAAUACCAUCGUCCGCAACAUCAACAACACUAUCAACAGAAAUAAUAUUUAAAUUAAAAUAAUGUUUAACAAAUGUCGGUGCUACUUUAAGGUGAUGAAAUUGUGGACUUGAAGAUAUUCUUAAUAAAAAUAGA